UGCAGCUGGAGAUUCUAUAGGUGUCUUAGAUGCGCUUGAUUGCCUCUGCCAAUGUUGCGUUGGCUGGCAAUCCUCCAGGGCUCGAUGCUUGAGGCUAGUGGGUUGCAACUGCCCCGCGAAGGAGCUCAACGUCACAAUGGGCCCGAGCUCGAUCCUGGAGCCGUUGCAAGGCACCGCUACCACAACACCUCGGGACCCUUGGACAUGCACAUGACAUCGCAACUCACCUUGCUGCCACCACUUUACCUCUUACCCACCACUCGCUAAUCGCCUGAAUACAACUCGAGCAAUCUGAUACGCUUGAAAAUCCACACGCGCUGCACACGCCCUCACCGACUCCCGCUGUAUCCGCACCAAAUCGCGCAUACAUCAACGACACCUGGGCAUCGACUUGCUCAGACGUUCAGAGUACACCACACUGAGCGCCCAUUAUGGAGACCAUCAGGGGUCUCCUGUGGAAGCCCACACCAGAGGAGCAGAAGCGUAAAUGCAACGCCCUCGUCCGCCAAAAUGUCCGCAAACUCGACCGUGACAUCCAACAGCUCAAAGCCACGGAGCAAAAAACCAAAACGCUGAUCCAACAAUCCUCCAAACGCGCCCAACGCAACCCUUCUAUGGCAAAGCAAGCCAACCAAGACGUGCGCAUCUUCGCCCGCGAACUCAUCCGCGUACGGAAACAAAACAACCGGCUCAUGACGUCCAAGGCGCAGCUCAAUAGCGUGCAGAUGCAAGUCAACGAAGCCUUCUCGGUGCGUAAAAUCGAAGGCAGCAUCAAGGCGAGCACAGGCAUCAUGAAGGAUGUAAACAGUCUGGUGCGAUUGCCAGAACUGACGGGCACAAUGCGGGAGCUAAGCUCUGAGCUGAUGAAGGCGGGUAUCAUAGAGGAGAUGCUGGAUGACACGUUGGGCGAGAACGAGAUGUUGGAGGGUGAGGCUGAUGAAGCCGAGGAGGAGGUUGACAAGGUGUUGAGUGAGGUGCUCAAGGAUAGGUUACCGCCGAGUAAAGCCAAGGAGGAAGAACUACCUAGUGCGCCACAAGCUGAGGAGGAGGAGGAAGAAGACGAUCAGGCCGAAAUGCUCGCCCAGAUGCGGGGACGGCUUGAGGCGCUCAAGAGCUGAGCGAGUCAUACAUUCUGUUACUUUUGAACCAACUUGUUGUACACAGCAUGCAUGUUUCGUUUAUGCGGCGUUAUGGCGUAUAGGGAGAGGCCCUUGCAUAUCCCCAUGUCUAAAUAGUGGUCACCAUAUCACAAUCCAUUUACUCAUGCCAAAUAGUCGAU